AUGAAGAGUGGAAGAACGCAUAUGCUGAAAGGCAGUCCUACCAAAGCCAAUGCACCAGGACUGAAAAUAUCUACUUCGACAACUGGAAGGAAUGUUUCCAUUGAGUCCCCAGCAGCUGCCGAGCACUAUGUGGGUCAAGUGAACUUGCCUCUUACAGGCACAAAGUCUCCUCCGUCACAACCACCGCUAGUGGCAACUACGUGGCCUUACAAGCAAUCCGUACCAGUGCCAAACUCUGAUGACGACGACGAUCAUGCUGCAUUCUCAAGAUCAGCCCGCAUGGGUGGCAUUAGCGGGGACCACACUUCAAAUUCACUCCUACAGCCGCCGCCACAAGAGACACCGCCGCCACCCUCACCUUCACCAACGAAGACGAAGCAAAAGAAGAAGCAACUCAAUCACCUUUUGUAUAGCCACCUUUCCCCCCACCAACACCGCAAGAAGAACUGA